AUGGACGAUCGCACCAAGGGCCUGGUGCUGGCGGUGACGUCCAGCGUGUUCAUCGGCAGCAGCUUCAUUGUCAAGAAGAAGGCCCUCCGCAUGUCCGCCGUCUCGGGCAUCAGAGCUGGUGCGUGCCACGCCCUCUGGGUGGGUGGGGACGAGCGGUGGGUGGGAUGGGCAAUGGGUGGGGACGGCUGGUGGGUGGGAUGGCUGGUGCUGGCGGUGACGUCGAGCGUGUUCAUCGGCGGCAGCUUAAACGUCAAGAAGAAGGCCCUCCGCAUGUCCGCCGUCUCCGGUAUCAGAGCUGGUGUGUGGGACGGUCGUUUGGGUGGGACCAGCGGUGGGUGGGAAGGGUGGUGGUUGAUGGAGCUGGGUGUGAGAUGCGGCAUGGGAGGUCAUUCAUACCUCAAGGAGCCAUUGUGGUGGGUCGGAAUGAUAUUCAUGGUGUUGGGAGAGUUUGCCAACUUUGCAGCAUACGCCUUUGCCCCAGCCAUCCUCGUCACACCACUGGGCGCCCUCAGCAUCAUCAUCAGCGCCAUACUAGCGCACAUACUCCUUGACGAGAAGCUGCACGUGCUGGGGUGGUUGGGGGCGACGCUGUGUGUGGUGGGCUCGAUAGCCAUCGUGCUGCACGCCCCUCAGGAGAAGGACAUUGAUAAUGUCAAGCAGCUCUGGGCGCUCGCCACUGAACCAGCGUUUGUGAGCUAUUCAGUGAUGGCGCUGGCGCUGAGUGUGUUCCUCGUCUUUAUGCUGGCGCCACGCUACGGCUCCACCAACGUCCUCGUGUACCUCGCCAUCUGCUCGCUGCUCGGCUCCAUCUCUGUGGCGAGCUGCAAGGCCCUAGGGAUUGCCGUGAAGCUGACCCUGUACGGAGACAACCAGCUCUUCUACCCCGAAACCACCUUCUUCGCCGUCGCCCUCACCGCCUGUGCUGUCACGCAAAUCAACUACCUCAACAAGUCACUAGACACGUUCAACACAGCAGUGGUGACCCCCAUCUACUACGUGAUGUUCACAACGCUCACCAUAGUGGCGUCGGUCAUAAUGUACAAGGACUGGGCGGGGCAGACGGCAGAGCAGGUGCUCAUGGAGUUCUGCGGCUUCCUCACCAUCCUCAUCGGCACCUACCUGCUCCACGCCACCAAGGACUUUGCUGGCGAUUCCUCCCGCCUGCACCUCUUCGACCCCUCAGCCCGAGCCACUCCUUCCAAGAACCCGGCAGCCCUCAAAGGGCACAUAGGGCUGGGCAUCAUGCCGUCAGGGGGCUCCAAGGAUGAUAAAGACGACCUUGACCCCGAGGCCAAACCACUUCUGUGA